CUUGCGUUCCUUGCAUCGGAGGAAGCGGCCUUGUGCUCCAUCGCACCAUUGCAGUUGCUGCACGCUCAACCACUUCUGCCGCCAUGUCCUUCACCGCGCGUAGAAAGAUCCAGAAGGAGAAGGGGCAGGAGCCCGAUGAGUUCGAGGAAUCCGUAGCUCAGGCCCUCUUCGACCUGGAGUCUACCAGCUCCGAGCUCAAGAGUGAGCUCCGUGAUCUCUUCAUCAACUCCGCCAAGGAAGUCGAUGUCUCCGGAAACCGCAAGGCCGUUAUCAUCCACGUGCCCUACCGCCUGCGGAAGGCUUUUCAGAAAAUCCACGCUCGCCUUGUUAGAGAGCUGGAGAAGAAGUUCAGCGGCAAGGAUGUUGUUAUCAUCGCCACCAGGCGUAUCUUGAGACCCCCGAAGAAGGGCUCAGCCGUCAACCGCCCAAGGAGCAGGACCCUGACAGCCGUGCACGAGGCUGUUCUUGAAGACUUGGUUCAUCCUUCUGAGAUUGUUGGCAAAAGGGUGCGCUAUCGUUUGGAUGGCUCCCGCAUCAUGCGUGUGUAUUUGGACCCCAAGGAACGUAAUACGACGGAGUACAAGUUGGACACCUUCGCGGGAGUAUACAAGAAGCUGACAGGGAAGGAGGUUACGUUUGAGUACCCUAUCCAGGAAACAUCAUCUGCUUAAAUGAUCCGGAGAGGGCACCGCAUAGAAUUAGGACGACCAAGACAGGGAUGUUACUGUUUGCCCUCAAUGGACUGUAAUCUUCUGAACGUGCAGCACAAGGAGUUUUCGUGCUUCGAUGCCUGUAGUUAUUUUGCACAGUAUCUGCGGCUAUGCUGUCUCAGUACGAUUUAAAUGAGUCUAUACAUGCACUUCUGAGGCUUUUGUUUUUCAGUACACAUAGGUAAUAUCAUUAUUUCGAGUUGCCAUAUACUCUGGGAUCCGCUGUGAAUUGUGUUGCAGGUAAGGAUGAUGGUGUGGAUCAACAACCCAUCACUCUUUUCCGAUCUAUUUCGUGUCAUCAGUAGUUAUUGCGCCCAAGUGGUUUUUGUCGUUAUAUUUUGGCUUAGUUGCUCAUUGAUCCUGAAUUCUAAGCCUGUAAUUACUUGGUCCAUUA